AUGGAUCAUAUUCGAAAUAGGCUGGAACACUACCAGCCUGACGACAAAACAAAAGCUUUUUGUAGAAAAUAUAUAUUUUUUGUAACUUUUUAUACUUUUUUUGUUUUAAUAUUACUUAUCUAUAGCUUCUUUUCAACCCCAUUAUCUUUCUAUGGGUGGCUUUUUUUUACAAACCUCUAUUUUUGUGUCUUUCCCAUAGUUGCAUUCAUUGGCAAAUCGUACAUACCCUCCCUACUGAGAUUCUACAAUUGGAUGCUUUUGGUUUCUAGCAUAAUUUCCAUUUACAUAAUUAUCGAAGGCAUUUUUACGUACGCUACAGCGGACCUUUCACUAAUGAUAAUUUAUGGAAUCAUAACGUGGACGAACACUGCUUUAUGCUGGAAGGCAACUCAGAGCAUUUUUGACGGGGUAAGAAUGAACAACAGUCUCCUCGAUAGCCUAAAUCCAAAAUCGAGAAACAAUAAGGGAAAUAUUGAGGACAACAAAAAAUGGAAAUUGAAGAAGAAAUUCUUUGGGAAGGGAAAAACAACCAAGGAUUCGAAUUAUGAAGAGGUCUAG